ACACAGAUCCAGCACCGAUUUUCUACCAUUAAAAUGAAAGGUCAUACUUUGCCCCUACUGUUCGGCUUGAUGUUUGGGACUUCUCAAGCAAUCUCCAUGGUAGAUUACUCCCCGAGCUGUCGCGUUGACCCUGACUUUGGACCUUGGUAUUUUGAGCUGUUGAGAAACAAUGAGGAUCCGACGACGACAUCCACCUACACCGAUUUCUUUGCCCCCAACGGGAGUUUGAUCGUCUUGGGCAGCGUGGCUACAGGAGCAAACGCGAUUCUAAGUGCGAGGGCGGCCAUGUUACCUGCCGAUGGUUCGGUUCAAUGGAAUCACUUUCCCAACAAGACUGUCGUGGCCGAGGAGUCGGCAACGGAAAAAACUUUCCAUGUCUACGGCGUCAUGCAGUCAGUCACCACCGCCGACGGCAACUGCUCGACAACUUAUUUCCAGACCUUGUUCACCGUGGCAAAGGAUCCAAUCACCCGCCGCGCAAAUCUUGCCCUCCAAGGUGGUGGUCUCCUGGCCUACGAUGGAUUUUCUAUUGAGUCCUCGGACGAUCCGUGUACCAAGUAG